AUGUCACGCAGUGUGAACUUACGGCUUGUCUGCGGUACAGCAGUCAGUGACUGGAAAGUAAUCGUUUUGGUACAAAAAACACGCCUGGCUUGUAUUUGGAUAAUAAAACUCGGCGACCAAUUCUCAAGAGACAAUGGCAGCACUCACGCUUUGUAUCUCGAAACGAUAGUAGAGGAGACGAGCGAUGACUUACGUUCAGAGCGGUCUUCAGCAGCGACUUGGCUCUCAGAUUCCGAUGCAGAUUCUGUUAUACACGUGCGCGGAAAUGGAGGAUCUGAGUGCGACAGUGAGUCUGAACGCGAGUGGGCCUGUCCAGCAAAACGACGCAGGCGGGAAAGGGCCAAUUCGCCCACCAGCACUGGAUCUCUCUCUCGUUCCUCCAGUCUCGCGCAGUUCGAGUCACUCGAACGCUCUUGCGCAGCGCCCGUGUCGCCGAGUCUGUCUCCAGAUUCCCUGGAGUCCCCGCCCUGUUCACCACCACCUACGCGACCCGCGCCCCGUGCUCACCUCUCGGCAGAGAACCUCAGUGAAGACAGUGGGUACUGCGAACGGUCUCGUCGGCCGCCGCCACCCGCGCGACCGCCAGAAAUAGCGCACACUAGCGGCAGCGUCCCUUGUCUCGCGUCACCCAGUGCCGGCCGGCAACCGCCGCGAGCAGCGCGCGCUGUCUCCCUCCCCGCCGAACUCGACGUGUGCGCGGAGCCAAAGAGGCACGCGCAGCACAACGCGCGCUUCAAACAGACCUUUGAGGUGUGUGACAGCUUUACCGUGAGCGUGGCAGAUCUCACCGCCCUGGACUAUCGGCCGGCACCGCGGCGGCCGCGUCUGCCGCCACCUCCGCCUCCGCGACCCCCGCAACACCCGCCUCCGCCUCCACCACAACCCGAAACAUGCCCUCGCAGCAUAAGAGAGCCCAGCGCCGGUAGCGACUCUACCACCGAAUCCGAACGAGCCUUCACAAGGGAAAUGGAAGCGACCGCUCGAAAACUAGAUGACAACUCGAAAAGGGCGCUCGCUGACACCGGCAACUACGAACGAGAGAUAUCAGUAUUGACAGCCAAACGGCUCAGAGAUUCUUGGGGCGUGUGGGAUGAUGUGUUAGAUGAAUUAAGAAGAAGGAUAGAGCCGACGUCGCCGAGUCCUUCCCCUCCGCGCUCGCCCUCACCAGAAGUGAUCCGAGAGCCCGCCUUUGCUUCCACACCUCUCAGGUCUGGCGAUGUCCACGUCCGAUCCACUCCUGAGCUGCGUUCUCGGGCAACGCCGCAGCGAGAAACACCUGAGGAACUACGCGCCUCAUUACAACUGGUUGCCCCGCCUCGCCGACAGCGCGCCCCCGGUGCGUUCCAUCUCCACGGGCUCGAAAGGGGUGACUUUUUCACCGGUCGUCGCCGAAGUGAGCUGGCGGGAAGCGAGCGCCAGCACGGAGACUGA